AUGGCACCAAAGUCGAAAUCAGCCUUGAAGAGGAAACUCGCCGAUCUAUCUUCCGACGCGCUUAUGUCUGACAGCAAAAGGCCAGCAAUCGCAAAAUCACCUACAAUACAUGUCAUAAAAACUUCAACAAGCACGGCAGAUGUUGAUGUUGAACAGCUUUUAUGGGAAGCCAGCGGGCUCGUCGAAACACCCUCUACACAUCAUCAAGCAACGAUCAUCCCCAAAUAUCCUACGGCAUGGUUAAGAGCUGAGGACGUACCUAAAGAUUACUAUCAAGCCAUCACAGAAUACUCCCACUGGCCUCCACUACUAUUCAACUUCACCAAUAGCUCCGGUGUCAGACAACCAAGCUACUUCGCUCGCUUUGCAUUCGCAACCCCGAUCACAUUUGUCUAUGGUAACCCUCUGGACACUGCACUAGCUAAUCUCAAGAGUAAACUUGUUGGUCAGCCAACACCCCCAUCUCUCAUUCAGGCAUUCAACGCGUCAGCUCAGGGUCAUGAUCUGUAUACCACUCAAAGUUACGAACUCAGCCAUGAAGGAGGUCUAGAUAGUCGGAUGUAUGCCGAGUUUGAAAGGCCAGCGUUGACAUUACUCAGAGAAAAAUCCUGGAAAGAAGCUGCAACAUCACGAGGGGUAGAUAAUGUACUGUCCAGAGUAGGCGUCGAGGGGGAUUGCAACGAAUCGAAUCUGGAUUUGCAAAUCACCACACAGCGGUACUGCGAGACUGAAUCGGUCGCUUCUCCUACCAGCAGCGAUUCCGGCCGAAGCGAUACUGUAUGGGUUCCAAAUGCUGCGAUUGAGUGGAAGACCAGACAAGCUUUCUCCCAUGUUAGAGGCCUAGUAGCUAUGGUGAAAGCCAAAGAGGUGAAGAUUGGUUCUGGAUUGAAUGGAGAUAUUUAUCAUGAUCGUCGCUUGGUGACUGGUAUGGCACGUAUCAGUGUACAAAUAUGGGAAGAUAUGAGUCGUCUUAAGUAUGGUUGUGCGAUCAUAAGCGAUGGUGAGCAGUUCGUGGUUUUCAAACAUACUGCACCUGGUAUCGUUACCAUUAGCGAUGUAUAUGGCUAUCAUCCUACCAAUUUCGAUAACCUCGGUCUGUCGAUGCGGCCAUGGAGAUCAGCUAUCGUUGAGAAGAUCGAACAACAACGCAAGGAAUAUAAUCAGCCUCCUACGAACCAUCAAACACCACAAAGUCCCGCGAGUGCUGUCACGAAAGCUCAUGUCUGGGGGGACUCGGGAACUAAGAAACAAGAGAUGAUCCUUUUACCUAGAGCAAGACCAUGUGGGACUGGGUUGUUUGGCGCGUGGAUUGCAUUAGCACUGGAGGACAUAACGAAUGGGAGAACGAUGGAAGAAGAAACGGAGGGGCUGUAUGUGGAAGAGCCGGAGGGUGAAGAAUAG